CGCGCGCAGCACGCCGGACUAUGCCGCGCUUACUUUGUGUUUUACUAUUCCUAAUUGUUUUUGCAGUUGAGCAUCUUAAUGCAUACUACAUAUGCUAGUUUGUGAAACUAAUCCGAAUACAAAGUGUUUGCACAUGCAACAAGAACACCCUUAAGCGGGAUUUUGUGUUUUUAUUUUCAUUUGCCGUUUUAUACCUUGGAUCAAAAGGGAAGUUUGUCCGGAAUGUUUCAGGCGCCCAUACUGCGAUCUAUUUCCGAGCGCGGGCGUCGGCCCUACUCGAUUAAGCGCAGCUCAUUUUGAUCUAAAACAUGCGCGAGCUCGGCCGCGGAGGCUCGGUAGUGGCGGCCACCAUCGCGACUUUGCACAGUCGUUCCGCAAGUGACGGCAAGCACAGAGCUUCCAAGCUCCGCGCUUCGAGCGUGCAGAGUUGCAAUAGUGGCCCACGGUCUAAAAGGGAGGACUUGCGACGCGUGUCAGGAUGCAGCGAGCGGCCUCUAUCGACUGCGUCGGAGGCUUCGGAGCGCGACUCUGCAUCCGUUCAAUCUAGCGAGGAGCCGCCCCCGAACGAGAGCGGCGACUCGGAUAGCCCCGACGAAGCAACAGUGAAAUGCACGGCGUGGCCGGACGGAGCGAUACCCGCGCGCGCCGAUUCCAGCGACACCGAGUCCACCUCGUCCGCCGACGAUGAUUCCGACUUACAAGAUUUCGAAGUUCAAAGCGCCGAAGCUGAUUAUCGAACUCUAACACCUAGCAGGCGGCUAGACAACUCGACACGUCGAGACGAUAACUUCAAAUGGAUGCCACCAGGAAACAUGUCAGAUAUUGUCGAGCCGACUUCAAUGGAAUCGCGAACGGAAGAGCAGGCGUCGGGUAGCUUAGACAGGCGAAGGCGAGCUCCCGCCGACCGCAAUGACCGUGACCGUAAAACUAGGUCAUCGAUGUCCACCAAGCCGCCACAGCACCCUUCCAGCGUCCGCGCGUCCCCACGCCCGCGUCGCUCGCGCGUUGAGGAAACUCCUCCUGAGCUCCAAAGGCGAUGGAACUCGUACGAGCACUUCCGAUGGGGCCCUAGCCCUGACGGCGGGCCCGGUGGAUGGUGGCCCCCCAUGUGCUGGUGCCACGGACCACCUGCUCCCCCACCCUGCUGCAUGCACGACCGCUCUUGGCCCUCACACCCUUCUCUGCCUCCGGUACCGUCAAGGCCGUAUAAGAAUGACGCCGAAGACCGCGUACGCCGCCUCGAGGCGGACAAGGAGAGCCUACACCUGCAAGUGCAGGUGUUGUCAGAGCAGGUGUCGGCGCAGAGUGACAAGAUGGCCGACUUAGAGCGCGCCUUACUGGACGCCCGGCAACGACUGGACGACGCCGAGCAGAGGUUACAAAAGGAAAUGCUACAGCGUUCGUCGUUAGAGACACAGAAGUUGGAGCUACUAUCGAAGUUGAGUGAAGUCCGAUUGCAAGCAGCGGCUCGAGGCGUGCUGGAGCGGUCGCCACCGCCUCCUGACACCACGCCAGUGGCCCGUCCAGCUCCGCCCAGGACGCCGCCAGCGAACUACGGUCGGCAGAUCGAGCGCAACACGCACGUGUACUCGUCGCUGCCGCGCUCGUCCGUGCUGGCCGCGGGCUUCGGUAAACAACACACCAUGGUGGUGGCGCGCGGGCGCGGACACUCCGUGCCCAACCUAGCUGAAAAAGAGGAAGCCAUACCACGAGGCAGCCCGUCGCCUUCUCUCCGAGACAUGCGCUCGCGGCUCGGCAGCGGCGGCGUGCGCCUCGAGGGCGACGAGCUGCGCUCCUCCCUGCGCGUGCACACACCGAGUCGCCGCCCACCCGACACCAUGCCUUGGCAAACAACAGACGUGCGGCAAUGGGAUUGCGAGACAACGUGCGGCUGGCUGGAACACCUCGGGCUGGAAACCUACGUGCCGGCGGCGCGCGCGUGGCUCGGGUCGCUGGAGCGCGGCGCGCUGGCCGCCGCCUCGCACGCCGCCCUAGAGAAGGAGCUCGCCCUCAAACACCCCAUGCACAGGAAGAAGAUCGUGCUGGCGCUCACGGAUCUGCUGGGCGGACACGGCGACCCGCUGCUGACGCUGGCGGGCGCGCUGGACACGGCGUGGACGCUGCGCUGGCUGGAGGACGUGGGCGUGUGCGGCGCGCGCGCGGCCGCCGCCGACGCCGCGCUGGACGGCCGCGCGCUGCACCGCCUCACGCACACCGAGCUGCACGCGCACCUGCGCGUCUCGCACGCGCUGCACGCGCUCGCCGUGCGCCGGGGUAUCCAAGUGCUCCGUGACAACAAGUUCAACCCGGACACCAUGAUCCGGCGUGCGACCGAGGGUGCCGAGCAGGAGGACAUCGUGCGCUGGUCCUCGCACCGCGUCAUGCAGUGGCUCAAGCAGAUCGACCUGGCGGAGUACGCGCCCAACCUGCGCGGGGCCGGUGUGCAUGGCGGCUUGAUGCUUCUAGAGCCCAGAUUUACGGCCGAACUGCUAGCUGCUCUACUGAACAUUCCCGCCAACAAGACUCUACUGAGGCGGCAUCUUACGCAGAGGUUCAAUGACUUGCUCGGCCGUGACGUCAUCCAGCAAAAGCGGAAUGCAGAGCAAACGCUCGGUUACCAGCCUCUGACGGCUACCACUAAGUAUAAGGUACCAAAGAAGAGCCAGUUCUCCCUGAAACGCAAGAAGAGCAAAGACGAGCUGGAGCUCGCGGACCUGGUCUGCCCGCUACACGACGACGGCUCAGGUGACGCUCACAGCACGUCGCCAACGAUGAGAGUAAAAUCAGCGGAGGGCGUCGCGUCGGCUGUCUCUCCCCCGCGUGACCCAGCGCGCGCGCACUAGCGCCUGCGCGGUGCACGCCCACUGGCGCCGACACGUUGCACGCCCACUGGCGCCGACACGUUGCACGCCCACUGGCGCCGACACGUUGCACGCACACUGGCGCCUGCCCGGUGCGCACACUAGCGCGAGCACGGUAGCGUCUGUUUGUGCGCCUGCGGGCCUACAUUAACGCUUCAUGCGCGCACGCGGACCACACGCCACCACCCUUCGCUCCAGCAGCUAAUCUACCGUGGACUAUUAUUAAUAACGCAUGCGUUCUAAUUUAUCGUGUUCUAAUAUUUUUAAGAUUAAUAUGAAACGAGGGCUUCGAGGGGAGUAAUUUUGAUUGGCUAACUAUGGUGCUAAAAUUAAAAUUAUACGACACGGCGACCGAAGCCCUUGGUGUGCGUUCGGGGUGAAAGAUUGUUAAGUAAUUAAUUUAAUUAAAAUAUUUAAUCGAGUCACGCUGCCAAAAAUCAUGUCUUGAAUUAUAUUGGUCCGUUGUAGAUAUUGAGCGGUCUAAAAGUACGGUUUAUUUAAAGAGAUAUAUUUAACUUAUGUAGUAUUAAUGUUGAUGUCGACAAAGCGAAUGCGCGCGGCGGCGGUGAGCCCCGUCGGGCCCCGCUUCACUGACUGAUUAAAAUACUGUAGGCUGCUAAUAAACAUCACAAACAGGCUUCACUCAUCAUACCGACCAUCAAAUCGAAAAGCAAUAGACAUUCCAUUUUAUAUUAAAAUAAUAUGCUUGAAUAAUUUAUAUGACCGGACAGUUGGCAGGAGACAGGAGUACGUGUUAAGACCGCUUUUAAACCAAUAGUAACUGUUAAUUAAAUGGAAUAAUCUACUUACACGAGUGUAACUUUACCAUUAAGUCCAUUAGAUUUGUUACAAGUUUUUGAUACAGUACUUAGUGCGUUUUAUUGUAUAUUCUUAAGUACGUACUUUUUAGAAAACGACUGAAACGCGACAAUAUAACUCGGGUCUCAUUUCUAUUGCUGCAAGACUUUUCCAUCUAGUUAUAAGCCCACAUUCAGUGUAUACAUUUUGACAUCUAUGGUAUAUUGAGAUUAUUUAUUAUCUUCUUUCAUCUUAAGUAAGGGUUUUUAUAAUAUGGAUAUAAAAAUAAAAUAUAAAAGCACUUACAAAACAAUACAAAAAAUAUAUAAACACAUUAAAAACUGUAAUAGAUGUCAUAUAUUAAAGAAAAAGUGACGAAGCCCUCUAAUGGUGAAGGCCGGAUUCGAACCGGCGUCUUUAGCUAUCGCGCCUUCACCACUGGAGGGCUUCGUUAUUUUUUCUUUAAUAUAUGACAUCUAUUACAGUUUAUAAUUUAUAUAUGUAUAGUAGUGUGACUACUUAAAAAACACAAAUCAAAAUAUUUAAUAAAAUAAUUUGAUUUGUUCCCAAAGUUGUUCAUAUAAAUACAUUAUAAAAAACCUAAUCUAGGGGGCCGCCGGCAGCGGGGCAGGACUCAAGCUCAGGGCCGCAGAGUGAGGAACCGACGUAGGUACUAUACGCGCCGUGUCCAAAAUUACCGCCUUCUGCAUCUGACCCUUGAGCCAACCACCCAGCGAGAGUCUCUAGGUGUAUUAUUUAUUAUUUUAUAUCCAUGAAGGACCAUUACCCAAAUUCUAUUCUUGUACUAUCAUAACAUAAUAACUUAUAACCAAACCAGACAUUGUCAUCUAUUCUGUUUUUGCUUGUUCGUAUAAUCAUCAUUAUCAUCAUCAUCAUUAUAAUAUCAUUUUGGCAAUAAAUUGAAGCCAAUAAAAAGGUUCUGGAUAACCACAGUUGAAGCUCACAGAUUAGGCAACAAACACGUCGUAUAUAUACGACUCGUAUAGACAUACACAUUGACCAAUUACAUAAUAGUGUUGCCGCGUCACUCAAUUUAGUGGAUAUAUACAACUUUCGUUUGCUAGGCACAAUUUAAAUAAAAAUAUGUUACAAAAUGGCAAGCUGUAUUUUGAAGUCUGACAAUAUAAAGGGUAAAUAUACUUUUGUCACGAUGUGAAACUUUGUGAUACAAAAAUAUACUUAUUACCUGAUUUAUAUUGAUGUCAACCAUUACGCUACGAAACGAGAGAUGCCUAUAAGUAUUUUAUUUUUAAUUGGCACAAUCCUCUCGCACAAAUACAAAUAAAAUUCUGAUUACCAACUGGUAACUUUUUAAAUAUAACCUAUUCAUAGAUGACCUACGUUUACCAGUUUUUUUUUUGCCACAUAUGAAUAACCAAUAAUUUAUAAUUUUUAGCAUAGUGCUGCUCCAAAAAAAAAAUAGGCAACGCCGAAAAUAUAAUUUUCCGUACCUACUUACUAAUACCAGUAUUACCAAAGAGAAUUAAGAAGAAAUAGAGCGCUCACUCUAUACAUCGGGUUUGUUAACCAAAACCAACCAAGUACGGUUACCAAAUAGCGGAACUAUUCAGUACUGCGUCUUUUUGGUAACAAAACCGAUGUAUGGAGUGAGCACUCUAUGUCUCCUUAAUUCUCUUUGGUAUAGAGAACUCCUGUGAAGCUGUAUAUCGAACAAAUAUCGAAUGUUUUGACAUCGCUUUCGUUUAUCGUUAUUAUAAACGUAGUGUGAUCCAAGAUCCCGUUCCUACCACGUUGUGCCAAAUGUUAUAAAUAUUUACAUAGGCCCUUGUUACGACCCUGUCUUCCAUGACUUUGUAAUACAAGUGUAGGUUAUUGGAAGGUGAGUUGUAUCACCGGAUAGCGAUAAAACAUUUAUACAUUAUGUAUCAAAUAAAUUUUAUUAUAACUUAAAGUCAUAGAAUAUAAAAUGUAUGAUUUAAUAAACAUUGAAUGACGA